AUGGUUUUGAAAUCUACAUCUGCCAGUGAUAACUCAGUUUAUCAAGUCUCGGGAACUAACGUUUCAAGGUCUUUACCCGACUGGAUCGCUAAGAAGAGAAAGAGGUCUUUGAAGCAUGACUUGGAAUUCCAGAACCGUGUGGAAUUGAUCCAAGAUUUCGAGUUCAGUGAGGCUUCCAAUAGAAUCAAAUGCACACCAGAUGGCCAAUACGCGAUGGCAACGGGUACGUAUAAACCUCAGAUUCAUCUUUAUGACUUUGCAAAUUUGUCCAUGAAAUUUGAAAGACAUACCGACGCUGAAAACGUCGACUUUUUGAUUCUAUCUGACGACUGGACCAAGAGUGUUCAUUUGCAAAACGAUAGAAGCAUACAGUUUCAAAACAAAGGUGGCAUUCACUAUACAACCAGAAUACCGAAAUUCGGGCGAAGUUUGGCAUACAACAAAGUCAACUGCGACCUUUACGUCGGUGCCAGUGGGGACGAGCUUUACAGACUGAAUCUUGAACAAGGUAGAUUUCUGAAUCCUUUGAAGCUUGAGUCUGAAGGAGUAAAUCAUGUGUCAAUUAACGAGGCCAACGGGCUGCUGGCAUUAGGAAUGGAAGAGAACGUAGUAGAGUUUUGGGACUCUCGUGCUCGCUCGAGGGUAGCAAAGUUGACUCUAGAGAAUAGCUUCGAUUCAUCUCCUUUUCAAGUCACAGCUACGAGCUUCAGAAAUGAUGGUCUAAAUUUUGCAUGCGGAACGUCAACAGGAUACUCUUAUUUGUAUGACCUGCGGACAUCCCAACCAACGAUAGUCAAGGACCAGGGCUAUGGUUUUGAAAUCAAGAAGAUCAUAUGGCUGGAAAACACUGGUGCCGAGGGCGGUAGUAACAAUAUCCUAACCUGUGACAAGAGAAUCGCAAAGAUAUGGAAUAAAAACGAUGGAAAGGCUUAUGCUUCCAUGGAACCAAGUGUGGAUAUCAACGACAUAGAACACGUACCUGGAACUGGUAUGUUUUUCACCGCAAAUGAGGGUAUUGCCAUGCACACCUACUACAUCCCCAAUUUGGGACCUGCUCCACAAUGGUGCUCCUUCUUGGAUUCUAUCACUGAGGAGCUGGAAGAAAAGCCUAGCGAUUCUGUCUACUCGAACUACAGAUUUAUCACUAGGGAUGACGUCAAGAAAUUGGGCCUUACCCACUUGGUGGGCUCAAAGGUGCUCAGGGCUUACAUGCAUGGUUUUUUCAUUAACAACGAGCUAUAUGACAAGGUAGCUUUGAUUUCGAACCCUGACUCCUACAAGGACGAGAGAGAAAGAGAGAUCAGACGUCGUAUUGAAAAAGAGAGAGAAUCCAGAAUUCGUACCUCCGGCGCCGUCAAGAAACCAAAAGUCAAGUUCAACAAGGACUUGGUGGACAAAUUGUCUCAGAAACGUGGUGACAAGGUUGCUGAUGACGUUCUUACCGAUGACCGUUUCAAGGAAAUGUUUGAAGAUGAAGAUUUCCAGGUGGACGAACAAGAUUACGAUUACAAACAAUUGAACCCUGUGAAAUCUGCGAGAGAAACCGAGGAAGGCGCUGCCAAGCGUAUCAGAGCGCUAACGGCUGCAGAAGAGUCAGACGAGGAAAGAAUCGCCAUGAGAGAGGGUCGUGGACAAUACUCAGAUUCCGAGGGAGAAAGCGAGAGCGACAGUGAAACCAAAUCUGGCGAAAAGAACAAGCAUGCACAGGAAAUGAGCGAGCAGGAGAAGAAAGCUUUGGCCAAGAAGGUGGCAGCUGCUCAGCGUCGUAAGCAAGAGCGCGAGAGUGCCGCUAAAUUCAUGAACCAGAUGAGCGUUGGAGUGGACGCGAGCAAUGCCCAAGAGGAAGCAUUCAGUACGAAAGUCCAAGAAAUGCGGCAACAAGACCGCCAGCGGGACGACAACGCAGCUCUUGUUCGUCGUAACCAUCAAGGCGAGGCUGAGUUUAGCUACAUUCCCAGCAAGCGUCCCCCCACUGGCAAAGACAACAAGAAAGCAGUUAAGGUCGACAACGAGGACGACGCCCCACAGGGAAACAGUGGUAGGUCUAGGGCUCGUUCACAAGGUAGAAGGGCUGGUAAGAAUGCUUUCAGAGGCAUGUAA